AAAGUAUUUAUUUGACUAUUUGCAGCUGUCUUGGAUAAUGAAAGGUUAACAGCAGAGGAAAUGGAUGAAAGACGACGCCAAAAUGUAGCCUACGAAUACCUUUGUCAUCUGGAGGAAGCAAAGAGGUGGAUGGAGGCCUGUCUGAAUGAGGAGCUUCCUCCCACAACAGAACUGGAAGAAGGAUUGAGAAAUGGUGUCUACUUGGCCAAACUUGGAAACUUUUUCUCCCCCAGAGUGGUUUCUGUGAAGAAAAUCUAUGAUAGGGAGCAGACUAGAUAUAAGGCAACUGGUCUCCACUUCCGGCACACUGAUAAUGUAAUUCAGUGGCUAAAUGCCAUGGCUGAGAUUGGCCUUCCUAAGAUAUUCUACCCAGAAACUACAGAUAUCUAUGAUCGCAAGAACAUGCCGCGCUGUAUCUAUUGUAUUCAUGCACUCAGGUAAGGCAUGCGAGGCAGAAAUCUCCAGUUCCUUCUGAAAUCUGCCUGGAAAGCUGAAAGGUGACGGAAAGAAGACUGGGCUGAAGGGUGAACGGGGACUAGUGGAGCUGUUGUAGAUCUUCGCUCCAAUCUGCACAUAGAACGGCUUAGGUUUGAAGAAACCUUAAAGAUCAUCUAGUUCCAGUCCUGCUGCGGGCUGGUUGCCCCCCACUGUAUCAGACUGCCCGGGGCUCCAUCCGACUUGGCCUUGAAUGCCUCCUGGGAUGGGCCAUCCACAAUGUUCUGCAGGCAGCCUUUUCCAGCAUCUCACCACCCUAUGAUAAAGAAUUUCUUCCUACUAUCUAGUGUUUGUCUUUAAUGUCACAGAUAGAAUCUUUUGAGUUGGAAGGAUCCCUUAAAGUCCUACUAGUCCAACUCCCCUGCAACGAACAGGGAUGUCUACAGCUAGAUUGAGUUGCUCUGAGCCUGGUGUGAACAUCUCCAAGGACAGGGCUUCCAGCAUCUCUCAGGGCAACUGUUGCAGCACCCUUACUAGUAAAAA